CCCAACCCGCGCAUAUCCACGCUGCUCUUUCAAAUCACACAUUGAAAAUCUUUUAACAUUUCACUGAUGCAAUCAAUGAAUUAGUUUGUCCCUUUUUCUUUUUUUUUUUUCUUUCUUCUUGCUUUCUUUCUUUGCUGUGUUAUGCUCUUCUCUGUGUUUGGCUAGGCAAGGCAGGCAACGAACGACUCAAUAUAACUAAUAAUACUUAAUCUGGGUUCCUUUCUUUUUCUCAACUGAGUUCUUGUCCUUUUGUGUAUCGAAACCUGUGUGUGUGUGUGUGUAUGUGAAUAUCCAGCUGUCAUGUCAUAUCAGAUUGACUGUCGUGUCGCCCGUGAAGAACCUGAACCUGAACCUGUGGAGGUUGUCUUCAAGAUGAGGAAAACUCGCAGGGAGCUCAGCCUAGCUCGGAAACUGCAUCGGGAGAGCGGCCUGACCAGCGAAGAGGCAUUGGAGUAUGCUCAUGAGAUUGUGCAGGGCACACUGCGGGAGGAGACUCCGAUGGGCGAAGAUUCGAGUGGUGAAGCGGAAAGCCAGAAACAAGACGGCCAACACAACCGACGCUCGGACGAUGAGGAGACCCCCCCCGCUUAUGUGGUGAGCCACCCCUGGCAUAUUGUCGAUUACCAUUUGUACCUGUGUUCGGCGGAAAGGGGGAAAGAUGGGAAGAGCCGACGCGAGGCGAUGUACCUGUUUGACGGGGUGGAUUGCCGUCGGCUGUCGUACGAGGAAUUCGCGGCGGAUCGCAGCCUGUCGUCUGGGGGGGAUGCGGGCCAGCAGCCGCAGCUGUUGUUUUCGAUGUUGCCCAUUGCGGAACGGCAGCAUGCUGCGGAGAAGAAGAGCCCGUUCUUUGCCGGGCGGCAGUACGUGCUGGGGUUCGACUAUACCUGCAAAACGCUGUAUGCGCGGCAUUUCGACUGGUUCCCGCACGAUGUGGACGACCUCUGGUGUGUUUGGGAGAACGGGUGGAAUGCGUACACGGUGACGGUCCCGGACUUGAUUCGCAUUCUCCAGUCGAGCCUGGGCAAGGGCGAGAUCCAUGUGGGCAUGGGCAUCCUCAGCUCGAGUCCGUAUUGUUUGGCCUUGGAUUCGAGCGACGACCCGGGGCUGGAGAUUGUGAUUGCGACCCUGUGGUGUCAGUGGCUGUGGGACUUUAGUGGGAUUCUGUUCCAGGAUGGAGCCCGCGGAUUGUCUGAUUUCCAGGCGAGUCUGGCCGAAUACGUCGAGCAGGGCCGGUUGAUCUUGCAGCGGGCGUCGUAUCGAGCGUGGUUUGCCGUGCGUGACGGGGUCUCGAAGGAGCAGUACAGCUGCCAGUCCACGAUCAAUCAAUACAUCAACGAUCUGUACACGUUUGAGAAGUCUGCUACCGAGGACGGGAGUCUGAAGGGGCGUCCUUGGACUGCUCCGGGGCUGGAGACGUGCCAUCAGAUCCGGGAGCGAGAUCGAAUGCAGAGACGAGAACAGGCCGUGCAUCGACUGGAGAAUCUGUUUAUUCCCGAGUAUACUGGUGACGACGACGACAACGACGACGACGACAACAGCAGCAACUCGAAAGAUGUCCUCCAGCGGAUGUUGGCAAGAACCCAAGAGAGUCUGGAGUUCAGCACGGCCGCACCACUGCCACAAUCGGAGAUUCCUCAGACUCCUUCUCCUCCGCCUCAACCCUAUACAGCUUCCUUGGAUCAAGACGAGGACAUGAGCCCCGGGUCUUCCGGCAUGGUCACCCCGGCCUCUGGACCGUACGAUCAUUUUGCAGUGCGUGGUUACGACGACAUCCCACUUUCAGUGCUUUUGGAACAGGCUCAUGAUCUGGUGUUGGCUCAGCCGGAGCUGGAUACGCUUGCGAACCGCGGACGAGUUGAAGCGCUGCUGAAGGAGAUUGGAGUUGGAAAUGAAGCCAGAGAUGACGAGGAGAGAUUGAUCCGUUCGACGACGCUGGAGUAUGAAAGUGAUGGAUGGACAUUCGAGGAGGGAUUUUUCCAAGUUCUUUGAAGAUAUUCUCUUUUUUUUUUUUUUAAAUAUUGUCUGGGUAGAUUCAAGUUGAAUUAUGGACGAUAAAAUAA